UUGACGAGUUCAAAAUGUAUGCAUUUGGAUGGUAGGAAAGUAAGUGGCGAACUGUAAUUGAAAUGUCCAAUCUUGUAUUGUUUUGUUCAUUAGAUAUUGUAAGGACUCUGGGCUAACAAAUAUAUAUUUGUGAAAUAUUAUCAAGAGAAGUAUGAAACUCUCGAAGAAAUCGAAAUCCAGAUGAUGCUAGAAGUGGUGUGUAACACUCAUUGUCUACCUUUGGCUCAGACUUGGGCCUUGUGUAUGCUUUGCAAUGUUGUGUUCACAAAUGAUAGAACCUAUGAUAGAGAGAGACAAAAGUUUGCUUUUUUAGAUGCAUGUGCUAAACAUUGCCUACGAAAAGGGCAGGGGGUUGUUGGGAGAGAAGUUUUGUCCCAAAAUUUGGUCUUCUGCAAAGAUGUUACUCAAUUUAGCAUAACUAAGUACCCUUUGGCACACUAUGCAUGCAAGUAUGGACUUAUAGGUUCUUUUGCAAUUUGCUUGCUGAGUAGUUAUAAUGAAGACAAUGUUUACAUGCUAGAAUUCUUUUUGCCCCCAAACUACACUGAAGGUAGAGAUCCGAGGAUUGCUUUGGUUCCGUUAUUGACAACAAUGAAGCAGCAUUGUAAAAGUUUUAAGGUUGCUUCUGGAUAAAAACUAGGAGAAGAGUUAUCUGUUGAAGUUCUUGAUUUUUCAGAGGAUGGUAAACUUUGUUCUUAUCAAAUACCCCAAACUGCAAGAACUCCAAAUAGGAUGGAGAAUGGAAAAGAGAUGGUGUUGCUAGAUUUAUCCAAUCAAUAAUUACCAGAAGUGGAUGCUGUAGACACUGGAAACAAUGUUGUUAGUAACACAGAAGAAAACAACAAUGCUGUUACUUCUGUACAGCAAAACUCGUCCCAAAGGCUACAAAGAAAAGCUGGAAUUCCAAUUAGAUUGGACGAUCUCCAGCAACAUUUUGGAAUGAAACUUAAAGAUGCUGCACAAAGCCUUGGCGUUAGUCGAUCCACAGUGAAGCGUGUUUGCAGAGAAUAUAAUAUCACCUGGUGGUCACCUUGCAAGAGAAGUAAGGAUAACCAAUUGCUUUCCAAUAAACCUAUCCAAGGUGGUGUGCAGGAACAAAUCCUAGAAUCUAGUCAGCCCCCAAUUUCUGAUCCACCUCAUAUGCAAGACAUGGCUACUGCUUAUCACACAAAGCCACAUUUUACAGUAGCGCAAGACACAAAUAUUGUGACCAUAAAGGCAAAAUAUGGAGAUGAUUUUAUUAAAUUUCAGCUUCCUGUGUCGUCGGGAAUGGUAGAGUUUCAACAGCAAGUGGCAAAGAGGCUGAACCUACAGGGUGGAACUUACCGUGUCAAGUAUCAAGAUGAGGACAAUGACUGGAUUUUAAUAGCUUGAGAUGAGGACUUGCAAAAUUACAUUUGCCAUUCGAUAUCACAAGAGAGGAAUACAGUCAUAAUGUCGAUUCAGCCAAUUGCUAAUUGCCCACCUUUAAUCCUUACUUAAUAUCCAUCUAUCAUUUUAGCUACAUGUGGAAUUCUCUAGUUUACAUUUAAAAUACAAUUUGAGGUUUGUAUCUUGUAUGUUUGUUACAAGUUUGUAUGUAUUUUAUGUAUUGCGUGUUGUUUACUUAAUUGAUUAUAUAAUAUGAUUCAAA